CUGUAGAAACGUAGAAACUGACUUGAGCGUAUUUCGUCUUUGUUUACGUGUUUAAUUAAUGAAAGCAGAAAACUGUGGAUAUAACAAGUGCACAAAGAAACAUCCUUCUUUGGGUUAUGAGAUUUCUACAAAGACAUUCUUACAGAAUUACUGCGGAAGACUAAAAUUUGUGAAAUGAAUAACGGAGACAUCGGGGGGAGAGGCAGAGGCCGCGGUUGGCAGCAGCCAGAAAACCAGCCGCGGGAGCUUCGGCGCCCGAAGAACGUCGUCGAGGAUGCUAAAGUGGAAGCACCCAAGUCGAACCUGUCCGCGGAGGCGAAGGAAUGGUACCCGCCAAACUACACCCCGCAGACGUAUGCUGCGGACCCAUCCCCCUAUAGGCCCCAGAGGUUCUCCGUGCAGGACCGCCUGCGGCAGGCGCAGGACCAGAACCCGUACAACUUCGACACCAUGUCCUACUCGCUUGAGGAGGCUGAGAACAUGGACUUGAGGGAGAACAUCGGCAACCUGAUAACAGUGAUGUGCGAGAUAACCUUCGACCCGGGCAAAUUCGACACCCUGUGCGGACCGUUGGUUGACUCGUUCGCCUCCAUGCUGCAUGAGCGGAGUUACACGAGGGCGCUCAUCGACGCCAUCGUCAACCAGUCGAUCGGGGAGCCCAACUUCCGCUACAACGGCGCUCGUCUCUGCUCCAUGUACGACUCCCUCGCCCCGCCGGAGGAGUCCACCUUCCGGGCCUGUCUGCUCGAGCGCUGCUCCGCCGACGAGAACAAGAUCAUCACCGGCCUCGAGGGCUCCGAGGAGAACGUGCGCGGCUUCGCCAUGUUCCUGGCCGAGAUCUACACCCAGCUAGAGGACAGCCAGGGCGGGCGGAUCCGGUCGCUCGGCGAGAGCCUGUGCAAGGUGCUCCUACACCUCCUCGACACCGACAACGAGGCCAACAUCAAGUCCGUGUGCCAGCUCCUCAAGCUUUCAGGCAUAGCCCUGGACGCGGACUGCCCGGGCGGCAUGCACGCCAUGUUCGAGCGGCUCAAGCGCCGCGCCUCUCUGCCCGCCGUGCGCGCCGUGCUGGCGCUCCGCCAGGGGCGCUGGGGGCUCGCCGAGCCCAACAGAGGUCCGUUGGGUACAGUGACGAACGGCGAGGGUCCCGGCGCGGGCGACGGCGGGGGCGGGGGUGGCGUGGUGGGGGGCGGGUUCCUGGCCGACGGGCACUCGCUCACGGCCGAGGAGUGCGCCUUCCUGCAGAGCAACCUGCCGCCCAAGGCCGCCGCGCUCGAGGAGGACAUACUCGAGGAACUGGAGAACGACGCCUGGGACACCGGCAUGGACGCCGAGAUGCAAGCCGGCUUCCUCGAGUUCCUCAAGAUGUCCAACCAGAUCAACCGAUAACCUCGGUCCGGUGUGCGAGCUAAAAAAAAUAUAAAACACAAAACUACUUAUAAAAAGAUUUAUCCCUAGAGCGACCAAGUUUGUAAUCACUCUAGAAGAUGGGAAGGAUUUUUCAAUGUUAUGCCUUAUUUGGCGAGGAUAUGUUUAGAAACCCUCUGGGGUUGCGGGUGUCCGUGGGCGACGGUAAUCGCUUACCAUCAAGCGAUUUGUCUGUUCGUUUGCCUCCUAUAUCAUAAAAAAAUGGGUGUUUCAAACAUUUAGGCUUAAUGAUGUCGAUGUUAUGAACCAGCCUUAUACGGCCCCAUAGUAAAAAAUUUUACCUCGCAAAAUAUGACAAAAUGUUGACGAAUCCUGUAUAGACAAUUAUUCGCCUUAUUUACUGCAGCUUAUUUACUAGACGAAUCGAAACUCGAAACUGAUUAUGCCUUUAACAGACGGAUUCAAGGCCCCGAAAUAUCGUAGUCCAAGCCAUCUUUGAACCCGACUUGGCAAACGAUGGCGUGAAAGUUCUACCACAAACGUGAAAUCCUAGGAAAAUAUAAUAUGAAUAGAUGUUUAUAGUAGCAUUUACACACUGUCGGUGCAGUGUUAAAAUAAGGACGCCGUCAUAUAGCGGCCGUAAUAUUACGGACGCAAAAAGACGGCCGUCUUUACGGUGACGACACGUGGAGAGUUCCACGGCUUCAUAACACGCCGUUGGCCACCAAUCAUUUAUUAAAAUCUCGUGGUACAGAAGGUGCAUUUGAAAUGUCGUCGUCCUCGCUGCUCCAGUUGGAGUUGGAACUCAUUUUGCACGUCGGUCCGAUCAAAAAAACCACAAUACCUAUAACAAUUAUAUAAAUGGCUUCACCGCUAUCAAAUAAAACGUUCACGAACCUAUCGACACCGUCAAGACGGCCGUCAUGCAAAUGGCGGCACCGCUUUUUGACGUUACGGUGUCAAUUACCGCCCUCUAGGAAACCGCGCCAUUUGGUUAUAGACAACAUUCUAGUGACGUGAUUCACCGCUGUAUUACGGCCGCUAUAUGACGGCACUGGAAACCAGAGCUUAAACACGAACGAUUUCGUACAUUCCCCGACCCGCCUGUUCCUAUCUCUCGCUCGCGCGUAAUUAUAUAGCUGUCCCGCCCAUGAUGCCGGCGGUCAAUGCCACUGUGCGAGCAGUACAGCAAUAAAUUUAUGCGCGUGCGAUAGAGAUAGCAAAUGGCGGGUCAAUGUACUUAGCGUCCUUACUUUAGCUUAGGACCACGUGGAGGGCCUUACGUACCCUAUAGAUUAUUGUUUUUCCGAAGACACCAUUUUAUGCGCCAUCUAUAUUCUACAAGAUUAAAACUUGAGAAACUCGAAAAAAGUUUUAUUCCCGCGCUGCUAGAUGGCGACUUUUAGAGUGGUUAGACAAUUGGACAUUAUUUAAGAGCUUUUUAAUUUUAAACAUGCUUUUUUUCUUGAAUAGCAUAAUAGGAUUGUCGAUACAGUACACACGUUAAACAAAUGCAUGUUGACGGACUUACUGUGGGAUUUACGUGUAAAUAUAUCUAUUGAAUAUUGAGAAAUUGAUAAUGACAUAAAAUAUCUUUAAUCCACCCGGCGUUUGGUUUUUUCCAAAGAAUUGAUUGUACGAGAUCUUAUGAAGUCUAAGAUAAAUUGUGUUUGUAAUUUGAUAAUAGAUGGCGCUGUAUAGCUCCGUACGUCAUGUAGUAACUCUGGCUGUCAAAAGUUGACGUUUGACGAUUCAGUUACCACAGAACAUGGUCUGCCAAAAUUGUCCCAAUGGUGAUGCCAUAAGAACUAAAAAUUGAACUGAACAAAACAUGGUUGUAUUGCCAUCUACUUCAGCCGUCGCAAGCACGUUGUUGUUAGGGCGCCCGCUAGGCGAGGCGCGGGCGCACGCACGCGGGUGCGGGUGCGGGUGUCUGUAAACAAGUCCGUCGCACGCGUCUGCGCCAGUAAGCAACGCUCCAUAGACAUAGUAUACAAGUAGUUAUAGACGCGCCACCGAGCGACCGGGGGUGAGAGAAAGAAUAUUCAGAUAAAAUUUGGGCAGCGUAGGAUUUUUUCUCUUCCACUCAUAAAUUUCGGUAUUUCGCCAUCGCCUCCUACCUAUGAUGCCACCCGGUCGGUGAUAAGGACAAAUCAUGGCACUCUUAUAGGAAUCGCAAUAAGACUAUCUUUCUCUAUCAAAGAGUGUUGCCCUUGCAACGCUCAUACUAUUUUUCGGUAACCCGCUCCGUGCAACCGCGCAACCUAGCGGACGCCCUUAGAAUUUAAAUCUCCUACAAUCAAUAACUUUGGUUUUGUCUAUAUUUAUACGUAAACAUGUGGAAUAUUUGCGAUUAUUAUGAUUUCCUUGGACUAAAUGUAAACAAGUUAUUUUAAAUAUAAUUUACAAAAUAACAUUGCGGCACACGCUACGUA